AUGGCGGAAUCUUCGGGUUUCAUGAGGCAAUCCAGAGAAAUCCUCAAGACUCCAACCCACGACGGACUCGAGAACGUCCUCAAUCGACUCACCUUGCCUCAAGAAACCACCGAGUUUAAAACGGCGUUUGCUCUGUACAACUUCUGCGCCGCCAAAUUCCCGAAUUGCCUAACCCUAAAGCUUCUCAAUCUUUACCGAUCUUCUUCCAGUGCCAUCGUCAGAUCCCAAUCGAUCCAUCUCCUCUCCGAAACCCUCGCCGAAUUUAGAAACCGCAGAAUCGAACUCAAUCUCAUCGGGCUCGACGAGAUCAAGCCCGUUUUGAUUUCAUGCUUGACGAUGCGAGGAACCAAGGAAUCUGACAUGAAGUUCCUCGGAAGAAUCGUUUCUCUUGUAGCUUACGAUGUUUUGAUGUUGGAUAAUGGCGGAUGGGACGAGCUCAGUGAUUGUAUCCUCGAGCUUGCGAUUAGCGAGCCUCUAAAGGCUUUUCACGUCUUUAUCGAUUUGCCUCCGGUUUACGGGAGAUUCAUCUACAGGUUUAUGCAGAGUCUAUUGGAGAAGGCGAAGAUUGUGUUGCUUAAUCCUGAGGAAGAUAGAGUCGGAGAUUGGUGUUUGGCUUUAAAGACUGUCGUUAAAAUGGGGAUUCAGCUUAUGGAUUCAGAGUUGAGAUUCGAUUUGGUAAAGGUUCUUCUUUCUGUUCUUGUGAGGUCGGCAAGCGAGCUUGUGGAGAAGGGAAUGGAACAGUUUCUGCUACGAGCGCUUCAAGAUCUCGCGAGGUUUCUUUCACGAGACAUGAGCUUUUGUAACUACAAUAAGGAGCAGCGAGAUUUCGUGUCUGCCUUCAUGUUCAAGAUCAGAGAGCUCGGAACACGCACUAAGGAGGCUGCGAAGAUAAUCCAUCGUAUGAUUAAGUCUAGCAACAAUCAGCCACAACAAAGACGACCCGUCUCUGAACGUGAAUGGUUCGAUUGUUUGAAAACCUUAUCGCCACUUCAAAUCUUGAGAAUCUUGGCGUCGAAUAUUCUUGAAGAGAGGUCGAGAUUUUUGGCGAUCAGACGGCUCAACGUCAUGCUCGAUGACCACACUUCGAGGAAGGAGGAGAUUGAUGUUCCUGUGAUAAGAGAGCUCCAGCCAUUGAUCAUCUCUUGCCUCUGGAGAGAAGGAAUCUCAGAGAGCGAUUUCAGAGUCUUUGGUGGGGUGGUGUACCACGUUGCGUAUGAGAUGAUGAACUUUGAAUUUGAGGUAUGGUACGAGCUACGAGACUAUAUCGUAUCGAAAAGCAAAACAGAGUUCGAGAGAGCUGUUUAUAUCUUCCAGUGCUUGAUAAUGUGGCUCGAAAAGGAACAUUUUGUGAUUCCUGUGAUGAAGAGUCUUCUCCCAGAGAUAAGCAGAAGGCUAAACCCACCAAGAGAGUUGUUGGUAGAUAACAGUUGCUGGGUCUUGACGUUUGUUGGUGCCUUCUGUGCAGCAAUUCACGUGGUAGAUAUCAGAAGCUACGCAGAAUCCGUUAAUGUGAUUGCAGAUAAGAUGGUAGAUUCGGUGAAUGAGCUCGUGGAAAGAGGAAUGGAAGUUGGAAUCGUGAGGAGAGCUUUCAGAGAUGUUGAAAGCAUUGUGAAGAAACAAAAUGAAUGGUUUGGUAUGAGCGAGUACAGAUUCGUUAAGGGUCUGCUUCGGAGACUAUGUGUGAUUGAAGGCAUGAAAAUGGAAAGCAGAAUGGUGUUGUGGAGAACUAAUGUGUAUGUGGAGAGAGGAAUGUCCAAGCUGGAAAAAGAGCUCUCAGAGAUUGAGGCAUCUUAA